CGACGAAAUUGGUUUUGUCGAUUUGCGCAAAACUUCUUGUCAUAUCUGCGCCUAUUGUUUUACAGAAAGAGUAGUUUAGAAUAUUUCUAUUUCUACUGAAUACUUGUAAAUUCAAUAAAAACUACUAUUCGGAAUAGGUUGAGAAUAUUGGUUUUAAAUAAGAACGCCAGAAGAGAUAUUGAAUUACCAUUGAUUAAGUUCUAGUUGUCAAGUUGUAAAAACCAUUUAUUGAACGAUGUUUCAUGGAAUCACGAACCAAGUUUCUUCUUGGAUGGGAGCUGCUAGGGGAGAAAAUGAAGAAAAAGUUCCUACUCCAACUGAGGAUACAACUGCCUUCACUGAUUUUGAAAAAAAAGAUGUGAGUCCGACUAAACAAACUGGCAGCAAAUUAGAUAUGUUAACCAAUGUGAAAGGCCAAAUUCAGGGCAUUGGGGGCUGGAUAGGAUCAAGCAUCCCAAAAUUGAGAAAAGGGGAGGAACAACCUCAAGAUUUACCAGAGGAGCAAGUUGAACAGAAUAAUAAAACAUCUACUGAACCAUCAGUGAAACCUCCUAAAGAAGAUGAUGAUAAUUCAAGUGCUACUGGAGGAGCUGACUCAGGACCAGGCUCUAAUGCUGAAACUCCAACUGAAGAAAAAGAAGGUCAAUUUGGAAAUGUGCAAAGUAAAGCUUUGGCUGGCGCUAAAUCAUUUGGGAGUUUCCUUUAUUCGGCUGUCAAUAAAGCUGGGAAAACUGUGACUGAAUCUGCUGCAAAAAUUAAAGAAACAGUAGAGAAAAACAGUAUCUUGGGUGAAUUUAACAAAGAGCAAGAAGCAUUUGUGAAAAGUCAAGCUGGUAAUUCAGCAACAGCUCUUCCUCCGUGGUCAGGAUGCCAGAAUGAAGAUGCACUUAAAGAAGAAUGCCUCAGUCUAUCUACAGAUCGAAGAAGUUUUAUUCGUAGUCCUCCUGCUGGUGUUGAAUUCCAGUUUGAUUAUGAGGUUUCCUACCCAAUAGCCAUGGCCAUUAUGGAACAGGAUCCUAAUUUAGAACAGAUGCGCUAUGAACUUGUGCCUAAAUUAAUUACUGAAGAGAACUUCUGGAGGAACUACUUCUAUCGUGUAAGUCUUAUUUGCCAGGCUAAUGAGAUGUCAUUUAUAUCGAAAGAGGGAGAAAAUAAAUAUGUUACAGAUUCUUCUGAUCCAAACUUAGUUGAUAGUUCAAAUGAAAGGCAUGAAUUUGUAUCAGACACAUUAAGGACUGACAAAGAAGUACUUGCAGAAGUAGAAGCAGGCAUGAAAAAAUUGACCAUGGGAGCUAAGUCUAAAGAAGAAGAUUGGGAGAAGGAAUUAGAAGCCGAGCUUCAAGAUUACGAGGUUGUGAAUGAAAAUAAUAAACCAACAUUUUCAAAAAAUGACAACUGGGAGAAGGAAAUGGAUGAUUUACUACAUGAAGAAACAGAUUUGAAAUAGAAUAUAUUAUUGAUAGAGACUUAAGAAACAUAGUUUUAAUUUUGAUAGUUGAGACUGGUUAUUGCAUUACAUAGGAUUUUUGGGAUUUAAAUCUAGUCACCUGCUCCGAGGUAUAUGCCCAGAAAUAGCCGAGAAUUUAAUAAUACACUUCUAAAGUGAUUUUAUUAGCAAAGAAUGAAACAAAAAUAAUGUAAAAAUAUUUGGUAUUGCUUAGAAUUCUUGUACUUGGCGCAUAUCACUCAAUCAUAAAAUUCUAAAUGUGCUGCACUUGAUCUGAAUCUGAAAAUGUUGUGGCAUUUAACUUGAUAUAAGCAUUUAAAGGUCUUCUCUUUUUGCUUCAAUAAAUAAAUAUAUGUACAUAAUCCUCUGUAUUUAAUCUAAUUAUUAAUAGUCUCAUUGUAUAUUAAUAGGUAGCAGUUUUGUAUUUUAUUCAAUUUAUGUAUAUAUUGAUGGAAACAGUUUUUUUUUCAGUUUGUGUGUAUCUUAAUUUGAUGACUUUCAAACACAUAUUGCGUUCAAAACAUUGAUGUAUUAUCAGAGUAGGAUUAGUUUUUGUGUACAAUGCAUGUCAGAUAUGUAUUCUCAUUGUUAUGAUAAUUACAAUUGUUGAAUAAAUGUAGCAAACAUACGAAA